AUGGGCGACCAUAUAUUCAGCGUCCGUCUAAUCCUCGUUAUUAAGCACGGCUUAAAAAUGUCCCCGCUUCGCCAACGUCCCGUCAAGAGACGCCAACGCUUGUCGCCAAAAUAUCGAAAGGACGGCAGAGCAGCCGGCAAAAGUGGCUGGACAAAGACUCCUUUUGCGCCAUCGAUCCCGUGCCAAUAGUAGUCGUG